AUUUCGCAUCUGGGUUUUAUUUUCGGCUUUACAAAAAUGGCGGCGCGCUAGGUAGGAUCAGAGUUCCCCCUUUGAAUAAACGUUUAUUUCAUCAAGUAGAGACACAAUUUUAAAUGAAAGGGUUCCUUCCAAGCUAGAGAGGCUUCCAGGAUUGUCAAACAUGAACCCGCUUACUAAUGUGAAGAACAUCAAUAAACUAAAUGAAAUUGAAGCAGAGUUGGGCCUAACAGGCGGCAAGACAUCGUGGCAUCAACAAUAUAAAGACAGUGCCUACAUAUUCAUCGGCGGUCUGCCCUUUGACCUCACUGAGGGUGACAUCAUCUGUGUUUUCUCCCAGUAUGGUGAAAUCAUGAAUAUUAAUCUUGUGAGGGACAAGAAAUCCGGGAAGUCCAAAGGUUACUGUUUCUUGGCCUACGAAGAUCAAAGGAGUACAAUACUGGCUGUAGACAACCUCAAUGGCAUCAAGAUUCUUGGUAGAACAAUCCGCGUGGAUCACGUCAGUAACUACCGUAAGCCCAAGGAGGAUGAAAAUGACGAUGAAAUCACUCUGAUGUUAAGAAAAGAAGGAUGUGCUCCCAAGACACCAUCUCCACCUGUAUCUGAAGAUGAGGACACCUCGAUGAUUCCUCAUAAGAAACCGAAAAAAGACCGCAAGUCAAAGUCUCACGACAAGAAGAAGAAAAAGAAGAAGCACAAGAAGAACCCCUCGAAGCAAGUGGACAGUUCCGACUCGAAUUCCGAUCACACGGAUCAGGGCCAGGGUUCACCAGUACCGAUACGCGUCAAGCAAGAGGUCGAUCGUGGUUAUGAGGCACAACAACAGAAGAAGAGACCGAUCCAGCAUGACGACAGACACUUCAGAGAUGAGAUGCAACAGAGAGAAGAUGAGGAGCGCCAAGGUAGAAGGACUGAGGGCUCACAAGGCAAACACAGACAAGAUGACAGGGGUCGAUUCCAAGACUCCAGCAUCGCUGAGGGACGGGGAGAUAGAUGGAAUGAGAAAAACUCUGAUAAAAGAGAAACUCAAAAGUAUCACGGAGGAAGAGUUCGUGAUCAAGGAAGCGAUAGAGAGAUUGACAGAGAGAGAAGUCGAAAUCGGGAAAGCCGUCAGGAGGAUGAAACGGAUAGAGCAAGGGGUCGACAAAAUUCAGACCGGGGUUCCGGUAAACCGUGGGAGGCCAAGCUGGAGAUGAGAGGAGAAACUGAAAGAGAUAGAUACAGAGGUAGCGAUGAGACGUACGGAGAACGGCAGAGGGACAAGCGCCAAGACCGGGACAGAUCUGAUGAAAGACAAGAAAGAUACUCUCAUCGGGAACCUGAGAGGAAGUCUUACAAAAGCAGUGGAGCAAGAAGAGACGAUUCAAGGCGAUAAAUGAAAUAAACUUUUUAUUUUACAAUUAAAUUCUUGCGUUUUGUUGAAAAGACAUGGAUAGGAAUAACUCAGAUGUGGGCUGGGAGCAUCUUCUUUGAUGGAACAGGGUAAUUUUUCACUUUGCCAAGGGCACUUCCAAUGGUAAUUUGUUUAUGUCAGCACUAACUUCCACCGCUGGUUUAUAUAAGUCAUUGUAGUUCUCACUUGUCUAAUAAACUUGAAGAAUGUCAUAACAUAGAUUUAUGUUUUUGUCAAUAAAAUGUGUAUUGGUUCCUA